AUGGAUUUCCGCGACAUCGUGGCCGUCCGCGGCUUUGCAACCUACAGCUUACGCCAUCCUCGCGAAGCGCUCUCAAGCUUCGGUCCGACCCUCAAUGAAACUACAUUUGGCGCCCUAGGGGCCUCCUUCCAACCGGACCGCGACAUCCGCAGUUUACGGGACAAAGUCGUCCUUGUCACAGGAGGAAAUGCCGGAAUCGGCAAAGAGACCAUCCUCCAACUCGCCAAACACCGCCCCUCGCGCAUCUACAUGGCCGCCCGCACGGAGAGCAAAGCGCGCGAAUCAAUCGCCUCGUUGCAAAGCCAACUCCCCUCCGCCGACAUUCGCUUCCUCUCCCUCGACCUUUCGUCCUUUAAAUCCAUUCGCGCCGCCGCACACAGCUUCCAGACCGAUAGUGAUCGGUUGGAUCUACUGAUCCUCAAUGCGGGGACGAUGGGGAACCCGCCUACGCGCACGACAGAGGGAUUUGAGAUCCAGCUCGGGACAAACCAUAUUGGACACUUCCUAUUUACCAAGCUACUUCUGCCGACCUUGCUGAAAACCGUUGAUAUGCAACGCGCCAAGGAGGAGGAACCAGAUGUCCGCGUGGUGACUGUUGCGUCGGCAGCCCACGCCGUUGGUCCUUCGUCCUUCGAGGAGAUGACAUCUACUCCUUCCUUGCUGAAGGCCAGUACUUGGACCCGCUAUGGCGCUUCCAAGUCGGCUAAUAUUUUCUUCGCUGCGGAGCUUGCCCGUCGUUAUCCGGAGAUUACCUCAGUGGCUGUUCACCCUGGCGCUGUUGACAGCGGUCUCUAUGAGCACACCAAGCAGCUGAGCUCUGUGAUGAAGUACAGUAUAACCACUAUGGGGUCUAUGUUUUUCCGAACUGUGAGGAGCGGUGCACUCAAUUCUCUCUGGGCGGCUGGAUCGCCGAAAGAUUCUCUCGAGAACGGAGCCUAUUAUACCCCCGUUGGAUACCGCAGUGGCGGUACUUCCUUUGUCCAGAACUCGGAGAUUGCGAAACAGCUGUGGGAGUGGACUGACAAACAGGUUGCGGGAAGUUGCUAA